AUGAAGAUGUACAUUAGUUGUCCAAUGUUUCUACUUCUAAGCUGGCUUAGUACAUCAUUAUCAGUGUCGCUGAGCGAUUUAAUUUGAGGAGAAUUUCUUUGAAAAAUAUUAAAAGGAUUAAAAAUUCAUUAUCAAGAAAUAUUCAGAAUGGAUCAACUGCUAAAUGGGCCGAUGGGAAAUAUUGUGGCUGCUGGCUUGCAAGCUCUUGUUGGUGGAAUUCCUUUGGGUAAAACAGGUGCAAACGCUCUUCUUGCCCUACGCAAUGGUGGAAUUGCUAUUCCUCCUGAGUGUUGGCUCAGUCCAAAACUGUCAGAACAGGAGAAAUUGCAACAAUCCUACGAUACCAUGGAAAUUCAUCUAAAUGGAGCAUUGCAGAUUUUAAAACCUGCAAUGGAGAUAACAAAUAUUCUCACUAAUGAAUGCAAAUCUGCUGACCGUUUAAAGCCGAAUAUACCGUCAAGUUCUAAUUUGCAAUAUUACACUCCGCAAGAGCCACUGAAGUCAGAAGUGACUUGUUCAACAUCUCAGACAAAUAAAAAGAUUGAGGCGAGUCCUGCGAAACUUGACGUUCCUAUUAUUAAACUUGAGAAGACGCCCUCCAAAAGUGCAAAAAUUAAAGGAAAGUCAAAGGAAUUAAAAAAGACUAACAAUAUAAUGCAGAAAAAUGCUAAGUGUUCUGCUUGCUAUGCUAGUAAAAAAAAUAUGAGAGCUCCAGUUUUAAUUCCAUGCGGACACUUUUCCUGCUAUAAAUGCCUUCCUAAUAAUUCGACUGCAGAAUGCAGGAAAUGCCAUAAAAAAUAUAGAAUGAAAGACGUUACUAAACUUUAUAAAAUGUAUAGUAUGUUAGCUGGCCUUAUCUCCUCUGUAAUGGAUCAUAUUGAAUCAUCAGCUCCGUUAGAUAUUAUUGACUUAACAGGAGACUCUCCUGUAUCUUCGUUGAGAAACUCACGCAGACCAAUGCCAAGUCGCAAUGGUAUUACAACUAGGGAGCAUCGUCCAUCUGCACUCAGACCAUCAAUUAUGGAAAUUCCAUCGUCAUCCCAAACAAAUCAUGGGCAUAAUAUGAUAGAAAUUCUUGAUGAUGCCAUAAAUUCAUGGGAUAUGUGGGAGAACUUCAAUAUAUUACAUUCUUCACAUCGUAGUUUUACAAAUAAUCAUAUUACUCCUGUACCAAGAACUCGUCGACAACAAUCUACUCGAUCACGUUCUCACACUCAGAGACAGUUGUCGCAACAAGAAAAUAAUGGUUCCAUUGCAACAAACAAUCCUGUUGUUGAUGUUGCUCCGUACAUUAACGAUACUAUGGAGGCGAAACCAGUGCCUAUUAUAUGUCCAAUAUGCUUCGAGACAUUAAGUUCUGCUCGUAAACCAAUGUCGACGCGUUGUGGUCAUGUAUUCUGUGCCGAAUGUUUGAGCUCAUCACUGUUCAGUAGCAACAAAUGUCCUAAAUGUAAAAAUAAGAUCGUAAAAAAUUCCUGCAUACGUCUUUACUUUUAACUUUGCUUAAUUUUGUAUGAAAAAAUAUCGUUUUCCAAGCCGACCUAUUACACCGGCAAGACUGCUAUUACUGUAAGAUUCGAAUAUUAUGCUCUAAACAUUUCAGUCAGCAUUUAGUUGUAAUUUUUGUGAUUGUUCUUAUUGAAUACGGGUACUCGUUUAAAGAAUUAUCAAAAAUCUCGAUAUUUGCAAUUAAUUUUCUUUAGACUUAAUGUAAGAAUAUAUUUACUCUUCUGCAUACUUGAAAUUCCAUUACUCUGUUCUAAUGAAAAUGAUGAUACAUUCGGUUUAUUAUUUAUUGACUAUGUGAAUAUUAUCUUCCAUAACUUACUACGAUUGAUAAUACUGUUUAGAUUAAAACAAACUUUCGGGUAUAAUAUAAUUUUGUAAUAAAAAUAUUCUUGAAAAAUUAUUUUAAUAUAAACUGUACUCAUGUA